UCCCCCGGCGCUCCCCAUGGCUGCUCAGCCUUUGCCCGCGGAGCUCCUCACCCGCCGGCCUCUCCUGCUGGGCCAGGUGGAGGGCGCGCAGGACGUGGUGAGCAUGGCGGCCAUCGUGCCCAAGGAAGAGGGGCUCAUCAGCGUCUCGGAGGACAGAACGGUUCGCGUAUGGCUGAAGAGAGACAAUGGUCAGUAUUGGCCUAGCAUAUACCAUACAAUGCCAUCUCCAUGUUCGUGCAUGUGCGUUAACCCGGAAACGAGGAGGCUGUCCGUAGGUCUAGACAAUGGUACAAUUUCAGAAUUUAUUUUAUCAGAAGAUUACAACAAGAUGACACCAGUUAAAAGUUACCAGGCUCACCAGAGCAGGGUUUUGAUGGUACUGUUCGUUCUGGAAAUGGAAUGGUUGCUGAGCAUAGGGCAGGACAAGCAUUUCACAUGGCAUUGCUCAGAAAGUGGACAGCAGCUCGGCACCUACCGUAUUAGCGCAGGAGCCUGUGGGCUUCAAUUUGAUGUGGACACCCGGCACGUUUUUAUUGGUGAUCAUUCUGGACAGGUGACCAUUCUUAAACUGGAGCAAGAAAACUGCAACCUAAUCACCACGUUUAGGGGGCACACAGGUGGAAUCACUGCCCUCUGUUGGGAUCCUGCGCAGCGUGUCUUAUUUUCAGGCAGUUCUGACCAUUCGAUUAUUAUGUGGGACAUUGGAGGAAGAAAAGGAACAGCCAUAGAAUUGCAAGGUCACAAUGAUAAAAUUCAGUCUCUCUCCUAUGCCCAUCACACACGUCAGCUUAUCUCCUGCGGAGCAGAUGGAGGGAUUGUUGUCUGGAAUAUGGAUGUUGAGAGACAGGAGACACCUGAAUGGUUAGACAGCGACUCCUGUCAAAAGUGUGACCAGCCAUUCUUCUGGAAUUUCAAACAAAUGUGGGAUAGCAAAAAAAUAGGCCUCAGACAGCAUCAUUGCCGAAAGUGUGGGAAAGCAGUCUGUGGCAAAUGCAGUUCAAAGCGUUCUUCUAUACCACUCAUGGGCUUUGAAUUUGAAGUGAGGGUCUGCGACAGUUGUUUUGAAUCGAUAACGGACGAAGAGCGUGCUCCCACAGCCACUUUCCACGACAGCAAGCACAACGUCACCCAUGUACACUUCGACGCAACCCGUGUGUGGUUGCUGACCUCUGGGACAGAUCGGAUUAUUAAGUUGUGGGAUAUGGCACCUGUGGUAUCUUGAUAUGUCAGUGAAACUUAAAACAACUCUCUGAACUGAAGAAGGGAUAACUAAUAAAGACUGUCCUGCAGAAGCUGAUGCAGUU